AUGAGAGCACGGGGGGAGACCCACCAUCAGCUUUUAAGGGGUCUGGGUUUCAACGACUCCUUACUGACGCAGACAGAUGUAGAUCAGUCCUUCCAGAAGCUCCUUAAAAAGACCAACGACACAUCUCAGGACAUCAGUGAAGGCACCGCUGUAUUUGUGGACCACAAGUUCAAGGCAAAGGCCGACUUCCUGGAGACGUUGAUGCAGUACUACCUUGCAGAUGGGUUCAGCGUUGACUUCAGCCAGACCACAGAUAGUGCCAAAACCAUCAAUAAGUACGUAGAGGAUAAGACCAAUGGGAAGAUAGACAAGCUGGUCGAGGGUCUGGAUGCAAGCACAGUCAUGUAUCUCAUCAGCUACAUCUACUACAAAGGAAAGUGGGCAACUGCAAUUAAUCCCCAUCUGACCAGGGAAGACCUGUUCAUUUUGGAUGAGAACACCAAGUCCAGAUGAUGGAAUUGAGGUGGU